GUCAGGAUUGUCAGAUGAUACAGCAAGGUCAAGUGAAGCAACGUAUGGCCAAGUAAAACAGUACUCAUGUGGACUGAGCGACCAAGGCGCUGGCCCUGAUGGCAGAUAAAUACUUUCAGUGGAGUGGCCGGGGAAUGCCUCUUGAGAAACUAUGAAGAUAAGAAGUAGAGAAAUAGAGAGUCAACAGCUCUUUACGAACUUCUCCGUGAAGGACUAUAAAAAGAGAGCACAGGCGCAGGAAAUGGCCUCGGGUGAGAGGGGCAUCUCUUCAUUAUGAACAAAAGGAAAAUGAAGGCUUUCUUGAUUCUGUUUUCCUCCAUUUUAUUUGUUUAAAAAUCUUAUACUUGCCAUAACUUUUCUGGCAUCUUCAAUGCAAAUUGUUUCUAUUUAAAGUAACUCAGAGGAUUCCUGUGAUCCCAAAAUGUCAUCAUUUGAGAAUCUAUAGCAUCGGGUAGUCAUCAAUAGUCAGAGCCUGUGGGAUGAGAUGCUACAGAACAAAGGAUUGACAGUGAUCGAUGUUUACCAAGCCUGGUGUGGACCUUGCAAAGCAAUGCAAACAUUGUUCCGAAAAUUGAAAAAUGAACUGAAUGAAGAGGAAAUUCUGCACUUUGUUGUUGCAGAAGCUGACAGCAUUGCGACUUUGCAGCCAUUUAGAGAUAAAUGUGAACCUGUUUUUCUCUUUAGUCUUUAUGGAAAAAUAAUUGCAAAAAUUCAAGGUGCGAAUGCACCACUUGUUAGCAAAAAAAUUAUUAACUUGAUCAAUGAUGAGAGGAAAAUUGCAGCAGGUGAAAUGGCUCGCCCUCAGUAUCAUGAAAUUCUACUCAUAGACUCAGAUACAGAAGAGGUCAGACAAGUUCACGCUGAAACUGUUGAGGAUCUAUACAGUAUUGUUAUUAUCAAACCUGAUGGCGUGAUUAGUAGAAAAGCUUUACAAAUUAAAGAAACAAUUACCAAUGCCGGAUUCGUCAUAGAAGCACAGGAUAAGACUGUACUCACUGAAGAACAAGUUAGAAACUUUUAUAGUCAAAUGGCAAGUCAGCCUGACUUUGAAGAGUUUGUGUCUUUCAUGACAAGUGGCCUUAGCUGGGUGCUGGCUGUAUCUCAAGGAAGUGAACCACCUGUUUCCUGGGAAGAAAGUGAGCAUCAGCCUGAGACUGAAUUUAAAGACACAUCUGAAAGUUCACCCAAGGCUGAUGUGAAGUCCACAACUGCAGUGACAAAGAAGAAGCAGAACAGUUUACAAGAAUAUCUGGUAAAACAAAACAUAUCGCAGUUUUGUGAUGUUGAAGAGAAUGUAACCAGUUCUAAGUUAAUUGAUAUCUUCUUCCCUGAUUUUAAAAUAAUGAAAAGCGUGAAAUUGGAAAGGACGCUGGCAUUACUUCGACCAGAUCUCUUUCAACAAAGGAAAGAUGAUGUUUUGAGUAUUAUUAAAGAUGAAGGCUUUAAAAUAUUGAUGGAAAGGCAAAUAGUACUAUCAGAAAGAGAAGCACAAACACUGUGCAAGGGAUAUGAAAAUGAAGAAUAUUUUGAACAACUUAUAGAAUACAUGACCAGUGGUCCAUCUCUAGCCCUAGUUUUAUUGAGAGACAGUGGUUUGCAAUACUGGAAACAGUUACUGGGUCCAAAAACUGUUCAAGAAGCCAAUGAAUAUUAUCCUGACAGUUUGUGUGCACAGUUUGCAAUGGGAAGUUUGCCCAUCAACCAGUUGUAUGGAAGUGACUCAACAGAAGUGGCUGAAAGGGAAAUAGAGUAUUUCUUUCCUGUACAAAGCACUUUAGCAUUGAUUAAACCUCAUGUAACGCGUGAACAAAGAGAGGAGAUCCUGAAAAUUAUUAAAGAGGCUGGAUUUGCUUUCACCCAGAUGAAGGAAAUGCUCCUAACUCCAGAGUAUGCUGACAAAAUCUACUUCAAAAUAACAGGAAAAGACUUUUAUAAAGAUGUUUUGGAAGCAUUGUCUGAGGGCCCAUCUCUGGUCAUGGUUUUGACCAAGUGGAAUGCUAUUGGGGACUGGAGACGAUUGAUGGGUCCAACAGACCCAGAGGAAGCAACGUUACUGUCCCCGAACUCCAUCCGAGCCCAGUUUGGCAUAAGCAAGCUGAAAAAUGCUGUCCAUGGAGCGUCUAAUGAUUCUGAGGCAAUGGAGAGCAUUAAUGGGGUGUUUGGAGAGUUUGUUCCUUAGAAUCCCGAGGAGAAAUAAAGUACAUACUAUAAAGAACAUAUUAUCUUUGAUGCU